AUGAGAAUCGGAGUUGCACCAGCAAGCACUCGGACGUGCAGUGCUGCCAUUCGUUCCCUUCUGGAGCAGUCUUCCAACUCUGGCAGCACAAUUGAAGUCAGAGCCUGGUAUAGAGACUUGGCUAAAGCACCCUCCGAGUUUCUUUCGCACCCUCAAUUCGAAGCAGUACAGGGCGAUGUUUCCGACGCCUCCUCCUUAGAUUUUGAAGGCUGCGACGUGGUACUCACAGUCCCUCCUCCAUUCUUUACGCAUGAGGACAUGGUCGCGUUGUCAGAAAAUAUGAGCCGCAAUAUCAAGAGCGCCAUUGAGAAAUCGACCACCGUGAAGCGUCUUGUUAUGCUUAGCAGCAUGGGUGCGCAUCUAUAUGAUGGCGUGGGAGAAAUCAAAACCAAGACGGCAGCUGAGCGAAUUCUGGUUGAGACAAAAGUCCCAAGAAUCACUGUUAUUCGCCCUGCCUACUUCAUGGAGAACUGGGCUACCCAAUAUCCCACGCUCAAGGCCCAAGAGCCUUCUUUGGUGUCGUAUCUGACCCCCGCAGACUGGAAGCUCGAGAUGGUUUCUAUCAAAGACGUCGGCAAGGCUGCGGCGAAGGAAGCGACAACAGAGGCUCCGCAGUCGACUCCAGUCUACAUCUACGAGCUUCAGGGGCCUAAAAAAGAAGGAUAUUCUUCCCUCGAUGCGCGGGAUGCGCUUGCCAAGAUACUCGGGAAGGACGUUAAUCUGAAGCUGAUUGAGAAACCCAAGCUUGCUGAGUUCUUUGGGGCGUUUCUGCCUGCUGGGUGUGUCAAUGAGUUUGUGGAAAUGGCGUCAAGCUUUCUUCCAGGAGGGACACUGAGCGUCAGCCCUUCUCAGGCCAACGUAGUCCAUGGAGGGACCAGCUUGGAGUCUGCAUUGGAGGAGGCGAUCCGUGAGCAGGAAAAGAUUAGCGGAAGCAGCGCUUAG